AUGACCAUACCUACGCUGGUGGUCAUCUCGGUAGUCAUCUUCAUAGUGCUACGGGUGAUUCCCGGAAGCAUCGUUGCGACCAUGCUCGGCGGCGGCGGCGGCGGCGGCGGCGAGGGCGUUCAGAUGGUUGACCCGGCGGCCAUCGAGAAACUGAUGUCGGACCUGAAGCUGGACCGCCCAUUGUACGAGCAGUUACUUUUCACUGGGCCCGGGGCAUACUGA